UCGGUUGCUGUUCAAUCAGGCUUAUAAUGUUUUAUUCGCGUUUUUAUCAGCUGUGGAACUAAGACAAAAGUUUACAAGAAGCGCAAACAAUGGCCCGAGUCUAAAUAGAAUACCGCUUCACUGAGGCUGGCUGUUAGCCAUGAACGAGGAUGAACUAAACAUGACUCAAAAGGAGCUCUUUACAUUUGAAGAUGAACAUUUCGACUGCUGUAUUGAAGAGAACCCCUGGACGUUGGAUGACAGCACAAAGCUGGUUGGAGUUCAAGUUGUCCUCAUCCUCUCUUACAGUACAAUCAUCUUGUUUGGAGUCACUGGAAACUCCUUGGUGAUUUAUGUCGUCUAUAAAUUUAAAAACCUACGCACAGUGACCAACUUCUUCAUAGUGAACUUAGCUGUGGCUGACCUGCUGGUGAACACGCUGUGUUUGCCUUUCACUCUUGUCUACCUUCUCUAUGACGACUGGCUGUUUGGUCAGGUGUUAUGCUUUUUGCUGCCUUUCGCUCAAGGCAUGGCUGUACACGUCUCCACCAUCACUCUGAACAUCAUUGCUCUGGACCGCCACAGGAGCAUCGUCCACCACAUGGAAACCAAGAUGUCCAGAGACAUGUGUGCCGUGGUCAUCGUCAUCACGUGGGCGCUCAGCGCCUUACUGGCCAGCCCGCUUGCCAUUUUCAGGGAGUUUGGGUCCUUUAACAUUUCCACCGAAGAGACCCUGCAGGUGUGCGCAGAGAAGUGGCCGGACAGCAGCAUGAAUGGAAAGAUCUACAGCUUCUCCAUGCUGGUGGUCCAGGUUGUCAUACCGUUGCUCAUCAAUUCUGUUGCAUACAUCCGCAUAUGGAACAAACUAAAGAAGCACAUGAUAUGCGGCCGCAAUGACAACCAGCGAAGGAAGAAGACCACCAAGAUGAUGCUGACCAUGGUGGUGGUCUUUGCUGUGAGCUGGCUCCCCUUCCAUGCAUUUCAACUGGCUAUAGACAUUGAUAACAGUGUGCUGAAUAUGAAAGACUUUAAGCUGGUUUUCACCGUGUUCCACAUCAUGGCCAUGUGCUCAACCUGCGUCAAUCCCAUCCUGUAUGGGUGGAUGAACAACAACUACAGGACGGCCUUUUUGUCUGUGGUCAAAUGUUACCGGCCCCUCGGUGUCAGAUAUAGAUCCUCCAAAAAUAGAGAGAAAGAAAAAGAUGACGACAGGGACUGCACUGACUUCAGGUCAACAAACCUCUGAGAACAGGGGGAGUAUUUAUUUGCCGACUCAAAACGUACAGUCUCUCGGAACGUUUUUUUUUCCACUUUUACACAUUUGUCAUGUUACGGCAGAUCAACAAACCGCAUUGCAUCAACUGGAUGCAUUAAGGUGUCUCGUGUCUAACUGAGCAUUAGAAUCACGGCGUUCUGAAGAACGAGUGGCCUGAAAUGUUUGACUGGAAAAAGGUGUAGAGAGAAGGAAAAGACAGGAAUCAAACUCAGGACUAAAACUUCUGCACAUGGUGCACCUGCUCUACCCACUGAGCCACUCAGUACCUGACCAAAAAUCAUCCUUUGAAUGUGGCAGUGCUGAUAGUGCCGGAUGGGUUUGACUGAUGUACAGUGAAUGGACCCAAAAACAGAAAAAUGAUCCGGUGAGCAGAACUUCAAAUAGCUGUUGAUGUCACAGUUAGAAGAAAAUGUGCAGACUGCUUUGAGAUGACAGAAAAGCAACAGUGGCUCAAACAAUGACUUGUUACAAUCAAGGUUUGUUAAAUAUAGCAGCAGCUCUGCUGGCUCAGUCAUCUGAAGGGUAUUUGAAGCAGCUGAAUGAUAGCUCCAAUGAACACUCAAUGUUUUUUAAGUUAAACUAGUAGCAGGAGUCAGAAUGUGCGUUUUAUUACAUCAGAAAUGUAACUAUGUUAAAUGUAUUUUUCUGAAGAUUACCAAACGUUUUAUACAUGUCCCUUAAAACUUGCUUUGCUGUUUGUUUGGGGAGCGUUAUCUUAGAACCUGAUUUCCGGUUUAAAGUUUUUUUGUUUUUUUAUUCCUGUCAUUGUAGCUGAAUUUGCCUAUUUAUAAUGAAUGUGCUUCAAGGUCUACACUGUGUA